AUGCGGAACGUCACAUUAAUUUUCAUAACAGUUAUUGUGGUUCUGUACUUUUCAGAGAAUGUAAUUGGUGCGACAGGAUGCAAGGGUAAACCUCGGUCUCCAAAGUGUAUUGGGACACCUGAUGGUGGUAAUAACCGCAGAAGAAAGUGCAAAGAUUCGGCUAAUAAGGAUAUGUGGAAUUAUAAUGCAGUGACUAGAAAUUGCACUAAACUGAACUACCUUGGAUGUGGCGGUAAUGAUAAUCGUUGGUGCACAAAAGUAUUAUGCGAGACCUGCCGACCAAGAUUAUAA